GCUCCGUCCCCUACACCACAGUCGACAAAGAGCAGACCAACGUGACUUGUGUGUGUGUUCCAGUUAUACGCCGCCAGCCCCAAAAUCUAUGAAUAGAUCAUCUCUCUCAGACUUCUCAGAGAGACCCAAAAUCAUAUUCGACCGAUUCUUCUCGUUUUGGUUUGUUCUAAUAUACCUGCUGCUCCAAAAAACAACAGACAAAUCCAAUUUUCCUACUUGACGCGUCAAUCAAUGCACUACACUACUUGAGUGAAACUAUUGUUAUUCAUUGAUUUCGGAGGCUGUGUGACGUCAUACACUAUCAAGAGGGAAAAGGAAAAUGUGCUGUUGGUCCUAUCUGCUAUAAGGCGUCCAAUAAAAAGUCUUUGGUGCGUGUUGUGUGUGUUGGCAGUUUUAUUCAGCCCACCCCUCAUCACCGACGCUCUACUAUACACACAGAGAGCAGUGCUGCUGCUGCUGCUGGCUGGGAUCGUAAACAUUUUGGAGCCCCCUAACAAAAGCUCGUCGUCGUCUUUGUGAAACAAACAUCUUAACAUAACAAAACACGACAGAGGGUCGCAAAUAAAAAUAAAAGAAGAAAUAAAAAUAAAAAAGUGUGUGUGACACGUCCGGCUGCUGGGCUGCUGGGCUGGGCCAUCAUGCCGCGGUUGAAUCAACCUUUGUCCAUGAGGAAAUGUGCACUGCAAAGCUUGGCUCAGCAGUUCGAAGUCGUUUGUUAUGGGACCACGCCGACACAUCGACUGCGCGAUCUGAUCGAAGACGGAACCUAUUUGGAUUUUCAAGGACCUUUUACCCAAUGGCCUUCGGAUUUACUGGAAGAAUUGUUCCAAGCGGUCGCCCAGCUGCGUCCAGUCGGCCGGGCCUAUCUCCACCAUUUGAUUCAACCUCAUCUGGAAAGCUUCAAUUUGGCGUCGGGUAUCGGAGAUGUCUAUUUCGCCAUCCAAUUCCUCGGUGAUCGUUGCCAAAAUUUGCAACGCUUGGAUUUAUCGUACAUUUCCUAUUUGGGCCCCGAUCUACUCAGCCAGCUCGUUGCCAAAUUGCCGUCGCUCAAGUACAUCAACUUCCAGAUGACACCCAUCACAGAUUCAGUUUUGGGUCAAAUCGGCCAAAGUUGCCGCCAACUCCGCAGUUUAGAUGUUUCGUCGACCAGCAUUUCGGAUAGAGGACUGGAAUUGCUCAGCCGGAAAACGGAAGGCGACCCACCUUCCCUGCUGACUCGGCUCCUUCUUACAGACACUUACACUAGCCAUUAUGGAAUAGCGACGGCUCUGCGGAGGCUGCCGCAACUGCGCCAACUGGAAUACGAGUUCAUUUUCCAAGUGUUUGAUCAUCUGACGGAAUUAGGAAGUGACGAAGCGGCUCUUGAGCUCCUGAUGGAAGAGGAGCCGAGUACCCUGCAGCCGUACCGGUUGAUUAGUCUCAAAUCGAGCGAUCCAUUAAACAACUCUGAAAAUCUGGUCACGGCAAUUCGGCUGUGUCCGGAACUGCAGGCGAUUGCCUUGACGUCUGGUGCCUCGUUCCAGGAAUCUUCGCUGUGGAAUCUCACCCGACUGAAUCAAUUGUGCGAUCUGUCGUUAACUAACGGCCCAUCCGCUUAUCCGCUGGAUUUCUACAAUAGUGUCGUUCCCGUACUCGAGGCUAUCGGACAUCAGCUCAAUAAUCUCAUUCUGAAUCGAUUCGCCAUCGUCGACGUCCACGUUGUUGGGAAAUGUUGCCCGCGUUUGAAGAAUCUGGCCCUGUCGGAAAUUCGCCAUUUUGCGCCAGUGGACUCGAUUCAACCCGAACUUUACACUCAGCUGGAAGCUCUGGAAUUGUGGUCUUUAGUCGGCGUCCAGCUUCCAUCUCUCGUCAUCAAACAACUAACGACUCCGUGCCGACUUGUUCAAAACUUACUCUUCCGUAACUGCGACGCUCUAACCGACCAAUUACUCAACGAACUGUGGAUGGUCAAUCCGAUGACGUCCUUAUCGCACGCCACAUUCGACGGUUGCCGCAACGUUUCGCUGACUCUGCUGGUCGAGCUUCUUUGCAGAGAUAGUGACCUUAAUUUACUUCGUUUGUGGAACUGCCCGCAGUUGGAUCAGGACGAUUACGCGCUGAUGCUGGCCACAGUCAAGAGCACCAACAUGGACGUCCACGUCGACUGGUAUCCGUACGACGCUGAACUGAUGUAAAAAACAAACAC